UCCUCCAAAGAGAGCGAACUUGACUUGUUUCUCAAGCACGCGGAGCAUAUCAACCCGAGACCAAAACCCUCGUCAGUCCUCAAAGAUCAGAGCCGAACCAGCAGCGGAGAUCCCGUGACCGAGAGACCGGAAUCAGACAAUGGAGUGCGUGUUCGGGGUAGUCGGCAACGGCUUCACCAUCGUCGUCGCCGACACGUCGGCCGUCCACAGCAUACUCAACCACAAGACCAACGAGGACAAGAUCAUGGUCCUCGACUCCCACAAGCUCAUUGCCGCCAGCGGCGAGGCGGGCGACCGGGUUCAGUUCACCGAGUAUAUACAGAAGAACGUGGCGCUGUACCAGUUCCGCAAUGGGAUUCCGUUGACCACCGCCGCGGCUGCCAACUUCACCCGAGGCGAGCUAGCCACUGCUCUGAGAAAGAACCCAUAUUUCGUGAAUAUUCUUAUGGCUGGUUAUGACAAGGAGACAGGCCCUUCCCUCUACUACGUCGAUUACAUUGCUACCCUUCACAAGGUCGAUAAGGGCGCGUUUGGCUACGGGUCCUACUUCGCCCUCUCCAUGAUGGACAGGCAUUACCACAGCGGGAUGUCCGUAGAAGAAGCAAUUGAUUUGGUCGAUAAGUGCAUUAUGGAGAUCAAGUUGAGGUUGUGUGUGGCCCCGCAGAACUAUGUGAUCAAGAUCGUGGACAAGGACGGGGCCCGUGAGUAUGCAUGGCGUCAAUCUGUUACAGAUGCAGGUGUCAUUCCAGCUUGAGAUUCGGGUGGAUUUACUUUUGGAUUGCUCCUUUCUACUGCUUAUUGCGAGUGGGCUUAACUUAGAAGUUUGUAUUGAGAAUCUCAAUCUCGGUGUUUGGACUUUUGAAAUUGGCUCUUUAUUCUCAUAUUCGCAUGGGAUUUUCGGUGCGCAUGACAUCUGAUUUCUGUUACUCAUUGUAAACUUAAUUACCUGUUUAGACUGCGUGUUGCGCGGAUGAAAAAAAAUUUCAUAUCUA